CUCUCUCUCCUCCAUCUGUACUGCGUCUCCCGCACUACACAUGAAAUGAACCCCCACACCCGCACACCGACCCGAUUCCCAUCUCACCAUUUAUAAAUCUCCCCAUCUUUACCUGAUCCACCCAAACCCUAAAACCCGAAUCCAUUUCCGCUCUCUCCGAUCGCUUCCUUACUUUUCUUGUUCCACUCGUUCGCCGCACUAUAUGCUUCCUAGCAAGAGAGGUGGUGGAGGAGAGGUUGUUGUUGAAGGAAAACAAGAACACGAACCGAAGCCAAUCCGAACCGGUAGCUCCACCGAUUCUCUCCAUAAAAAACCGCGCCUCCUCUCCGAUUGUGGUUCCGAUUUGAUUGCGACGGCGACCGGCGCUUUUGUAACCACGGGGAACGCUAAGAGUACUGCUGUCAACAACAACAGCAGCGGUGAUAAGGCUGUUGAAUCGUCGCCGAUCAUGACUUUAGGUAACGGAAAACCUAUGGACAUUGAUGAGGAUCUCCACAGCCGUCAGCUUGCCGUAUACGGCCGUGAGACUAUGCGGAAACUCUUCGCGUCGAAUAUUCUCGUUUCGGGGAUUCAAGGCCUCGGUGUUGAGAUUGCUAAGAAUCUGGUACUGGCUGGUGUGAAGUCAGUGACCUUGCAUGAUGUUGGAGCUGUUGAGCUAUGGGAUUUAUCGAGUAAUUUUGUGUUUACCGAAGACGAUGUCGGGAAGAAUCGAGCCCUUGCUGCGGUUCAGAAGCUACAAGAAUUGAAUAACGCUGUUGUUAUUUCUACUUUAACUUCUGAAUUGACUAAGGAGUCACUCUCUAAUUUUCAGGCUGUCGUAUUCACUGAGAUCAGCUUAGAGAAAGCAGUUGAAUUUGAUGAUUACUGUCACAAUCAUCAGCCUCCGAUUGCCUUCAUCAAAUCUGAAGUACGGGGACUUUUUGGUAGUGUAUUUUGUGACUUUGGUCCUGAAUUUAUGGUCCUUGAUGUUGAUGGUGAGGACCCGCAUACAGGCAUAAUUGCCUCCAUCAGCAAUGAUAAUCCUGCUCUUGUGGGUUGUGUUGAUGACGAGAGGCUCGAGUUUCAGGAUGGAGAUUUGGUUGUCUUCUCUGAAGUUCAAGGAAUGACAGAACUGAAUGAUGGAAAGCCAAGAAAGGUCAAGAAUGCAAGGCCCUACUCAUUCCAAAUUGAUGAAGACACAACAAACUGUGGUGCAUAUAUGAGAGGUGGUAUUGUGACACAAGUGAAGGAACAUAAGGCGUUGAACUUCAAGACAUUGCGGGAGGCACUAAAGGAUCCAGGGGAUUUCCUUCUCAGUGACUUCUCCAAGUUUGAUCGUCCACCACUCUUGCACUUGGCUUUUCAGGCCCUGGACAAAUUUAUUUCAGAGUUGGGACGCUUUCCUGUAGCUGGAUCGGAGGAGGAAGCUCAAAAAUUUAUUUCUUUGCUUAUCAGCAUCAAUGAUAGCUCGGCAGAUGGGAGGCUUGAAGAGAUUGAUCAUAAACUUCUUCGUCAUUUUGCAUUUGGUGCUAAGGCUGUGCUGAAUCCCAUGGCAGCUAUGUUUGGUGGCAUUGUUGGACAGGAAGUUGUGAAGGCUUGCUCUGGGAAAUUCCAUCCACUUCAUCAGUUUUUCUACUUUGACUCAGUCGAGUCCCUUCCAUCAGAGCCUUUGGAUCCUGAAGACUUGAAGCCGUUAAAUAGCCGAUAUGAUGCACAAAUAUCAGUCUUUGGAUCCAAGCUUCAAAAAAAACUUGCAGAUGCUAGCAUUUUUAUGGUUGGAUCUGGCGCCCUGGGGUGCGAAUUCUUGAAGAAUUUAGCCUUGAUGGGGGUCUCUUGUGGUCAGAAAGGAAAGCUGACCAUUACAGACGAUGAUGUUAUUGAAAAGAGUAACCUUAGCAGGCAGUUUCUCUUCCGAGACUGGAACAUUGGACAGGCCAAAUCAACUGUUGCUGCUUCAGCUGCUGCAGUGAUUAAUCCUCAUCUCAAAAUUGAAGCUCUGCAGAACCGUGCUAGCCCUGAGACCGAGAAUGUAUUUGACGAUACCUUUUGGGAGAAUCUGAAUGUUGUUUUAAAUGCUCUGGAUAAUGUCAAUGCCAGGCUUUACAUUGAUUCAAGGUGCCUAUAUUUCCAGAAGCCCCUUCUGGAAUCAGGAACUCUAGGUGCUAAGUGCAACACUCAAAUGGUCAUUCCUCACCUGACUGAAAAUUACGGUGCCUCACGAGAUCCACCUGAAAAGCAAGCUCCUAUGUGCACAGUUCACUCAUUUCCGCACAAUAUAGAUCACUGCUUGACUUGGGCUCGAUCUGAGUUUGAGGGUUUGCUCGAGAAGACACCUGGUGAGGCCAACGCCUACUUGAACAACCCAAGGGAAUACAUGUCUGCAAUGAAAAAUGCUGGUGAUGCUCAGGCAAAAGACAACUUGGAGCGUGUUCUGGAGUGCCUUGACAAGGAGAGAUGCUUAGAAUUUCAAGACUGCAUCACUUGGGCUCGUCUUAAGUUUGAAGAUUAUUUUGGCAACCGUGUUAAGCAAUUGACAUUUACUUUUCCUGAGGAUGCAUUAACCAGUAGUGGAACGCCAUUCUGGUCUGCUCCAAAGCGUUUCCCCCGGGCACUCCAAUUUUCGGAUAAUGAUGUUAGUCACCUCCAAUUCGUUAUGGCAGCAUCCAUCCUCCGGGCAGAAACAUUUGGCAUACCCAUUCCUGAUUGGGUUAAGAAUCCUAAGAAGUUUGUCGAUGCUGUUGGCAAUGUGAUUGUCCCUGAUUUUCAGCCCAAGGAGAAUGUGAAGAUUGAAACUGAUGAAAAAGCUACAAGCCUCCCUGCUUCAUCAUUUGAUGAUGCAGCUGUAAUUGAUGAGCUGAUCAUGAAAUUAGAGAAAUGCCAUAAGCAGUUGUCCCCUGCUUUCAGGAUGAAUCCAAUUCAAUUUGAAAAGGAUGAUGACACAAAUUAUCAUAUGGACUUCAUAGCUGGACUUGCAAAUAUGAGGGCAAGAAAUUAUGGUAUCCCUGAAGUUGACAAGCUUAAGGCUAAAUUCAUUGCCGGUCGUAUCAUCCCAGCAAUCGCAACCUCAACUGCUAUGGCCACUGGUCUUGUUUGCUUGGAGCUCUACAAGGUUUUAGACGGCGGACACAAAGUGGAAGAUUACAGGAACAGCUUUGCCAACUUGGCACUACCUUUGUUCUCUAUGGCUGAGCCCGUGCCACCUAAGGUGAUCAAGCACCAAGACAUGCGGUGGACGGUGUGGGACAGGUGGAUUAUCCGAAACAAUCCGACAUUGCGAGAGCUUCUCGACUGGCUAAAAAACAAGGGCUUAAAUGCUUACAGCAUCUCUUAUGGCAGUUGUUUGCUCUUCAAUAGCAUGUUCCCUAGGCACAAAGAUCGCAUGGAUCGGAAGUUGGUUGACCUUGCUAGGGAAGUGGGCAAGGCUGAAUUACCUGCAUAUAGAAGACACUUUGAUGUUGUUGUUGCUUGCGAGGACGAUGAGGACGUUGACAUCGAUAUCCCUCAAAUUUCCAUUUACUUCAGGUAGGUCUUUUACCUCGAAAAGGAUAUUAGCAUUUCGUCUUUGGAUGGGAGAUGAGUGCUUUAGCAAUGUCUUUAGGUCUUAAGAGUUUUAGUUGAUAUAAUCCAAUGAAUGUGAUAUUUGUUUGUGAUCAUGACUAUUACCUAAUAUUAUAUACAAUCUGCACUAUUUAUCUCUA